CUAACACCGUAGCUGUAUUUUGCAAGCCUACUUUUCAAACCGGUUUGGACGAUGAUUCGCGACUUGCUUGUGCCGAUUUAUACGUUAUUUUCCCUCAAUAUUUACCAAACACUACAAUUAUAUUCACGGAGUUUUAUUUGUUUGUAGAUAGAUAAUUAAUUAUCAUAAGUGAAACACACAACCAACACUUAAGAUGAAAUGGGUUGUCUAAUGUCCACAUUUUUACUCCGUGUCAACGACACAGAUGGCAGACGAGAAUAAAAAAAUAAAAACGGCAAUGUUAAUAUAAAAUCUGUUGAUUAGUGUCCAUAUAUAGAUAGGCAGGUGUCUCAAAAAAACGGCGUAGGCGCAUAGGUGUGGUAACUACCAGCAUAAACAAAUUAUAUUUUGCAGUUGCCACUCCGACAACAGACUUUGUGCAGUGUGGUCUGUUAAAAGUAUUUUUUGUGUUAUUUUUUGUUUAUAAAAAUUAUAAUGAGUUAUGUUGAGUUUCUUUACGAUUUAUUAGAGAUAUAUCCAGAUCCCGAGUCUGAGAAGGCUAUUAUGGGAUCGGUGGUGUACUGUAUCCACCAUAAGGAAGGAUGCCAAUGGUCGGACGAGCUACGCAAAUUGAAGGCGCAUUUGAACACGUGCAAGCACGAUGCGGUGCUCUGCGCGGCACAGUGCGGUGCGAUGAUCCCGCGCGUGUUGAUGCAAGAUCACUUGCGCUACACCUGCCCUCGCCGCCGCGCCAACUGCGAGCAUUGUCACAAGGAAUUUUCAGGGAGCGCCUUAGAGGAACAUCAAGGAAACUGUGGUCACGAGCCAGUUUACUGUGAAAACAAGUGUGGAGCUAAGGUCCAGCGUAGACACACACAGCAGCACAUCCAACAGCAUUGCAGUAAACGACUAGUGCCUUGUAAACACUGCGGGCAGAGUUAUACACAGGACACAGUAUCAGCUCACGGAGCGUCAUGCGCCCGCGCCCCUGUAGCAUGUCCUCAACGUUGUGGAGCCAGUGGCGUGCCCCGCGCCGACCUAGCCGCUCACUUGAGGGAUCACGCCGCGGCUGCUGCAGCAGCUGCCUUACCUUGCUCGUUUAGAGAUGCUGGGUGCAGAUUUAAGGGAACAAGACAAGCUCUAGAAAAACAUACAGAAGAAAGUUGCCAGCAGCAUCUAGCCCUCGUGUCAGCCCUCGCCAGCCGUCAAGCGCGACAACUAGACUCCUUGCGAGCAGCAGUAGCAAGAUUGUCAGUCAACUGUUCUGGUGCACUUGUAUGGCGCAUCAGCGACUGGGCUGCCAAAAUGGCUGAAGCAAAGUGCAAAGAUGGUGUCGAGCUUGUGUCCCCUGCGUUUUACACCAGCCAAUACGGAUAUAAGUUGCAGGCAUCACUAUUCCUCAACGGCAAUGGAGCUGGCGAAGCUACCCACAUGUCAGUCUACAUUAAGAUCCUUCCUGGAGAAUAUGACGCACUUCUCCGCUGGCCUUUCGCUCACACGGUCUCCUUCACCCUCUUUGACCAGAGUUCAAGCCCAGACAGAGCCUGCAACAUUGUGGAGAGCUUUGUUCCAGACCCCACGUGGAAGAACUUCCAAAGACCUUCAAAGGAACCUGAUGCGUUAGGCUUUGGGUUCCCAAGGUUUGUUUCCCACGAAAUGCUCAAGAAGAGAAACUUCAUCAAGGACGAUGUGAUGUUCUUAAGGGUGAAGGUAGAUCCCAGCAAGAUUGUAGCUGUUUAGUGUAGUUUAUAUAUAGUUUUUAAUAGACAAAACCCGUAGAUAUGACAGAUGCCACAAUUUGAAUUAGUAUGCAGGUUUAAAUGUUUUAAUCAGUUUGGUUCAAUUUUUUAUACAAUUUUGGUGCAAAAAAUUUCGGGUAACUUUCACUUAAGGUUUUAUUAUAUAGUUUUACCUUAAAUAAAUAUUUUUGUAAUGUUCAAAUUUUGAAUAGAAUUACAGCGAAAAAGAUAUAGUGGAUAUAGGGCUAGGAUGAAGCUUAGGGUUAAAUUUAACUUAGUUCUAACUUCAGUCUGAACCCAAGUUAAAAUAAGCUAUUAACACAUAAUGUGUAUUAUACAUAUAGUCAUUAUCUACUAUUAAGUAACUUGAAGUCAUAGAUAUAAAUGUAAAUACUUUUAUACUUAGUUUAAUAACUUGUACAUAUUUUGUAAAUAUUUAGUUGUAGGAUGCGCAUACGCAAUUGUUAUCCUUUCACUAAAGAUCUCUUGAGUUUCAAUGCCGGCAGAAGAACGUAACAAGCUAAGUUAGUUUCAAAGUAUUUAGAACUCUAAUCUCUUAGCUAUAGUGUACAUAUUUCCUUUACUUUAAUGUUUCUUGUUUUUCUGUGCCAUAUUGAGCUAUGUUUAUCUAUUAACACAAUUUGCAGAUGUUUUUUUAGGGUGUCCUAGAAUUUAGUUUGGUCUAAUAAUAAUUAUGGCCUGGUUUACAGAUUACAUAAUAUCUGUAGUAGAUAUAAAAAGGCCAAUAGUAAUUGCUCUUAUAUGAAGAGUAUCAAUUAGCACCUCAAAUGCACUCUAGCGGUCCCUACUAACAAUGAACUAAUAAACCCAAAUAGGGCCAUUAAGAACCAGCUUGCGCUUCUACUAACAAGUAAACAAAUAUGUAGUUUUUGAGUUCAAUUUUGGCACUAUAGUAAUGAAACUAACGAUUAGUUCGAAAUAGUUUUGCUAAGUACUUCGCAUAGACAUCCUAUAUCAUAAGUCUAGAUAGUAUAGAUAGUUUAAAAAGGUUCUAAAUUCUGGUCGUCCUAAUAAAAUGGAAAUCUUGUAUAAUACACACGUUUUUAUAGUCGACUGCAAAAAUAGUGUGUAGGUAGAACUUUCCAAACACAUCCAAAACGCAUUUUUGUUUGCCUUAACCGAUAUUAAUCGAAGGCUCUUUGAAAAAUGCUUUGGACUCCUUUUCUUUUUAUCUAUCCUUCUGUCUUCAAUCUCAAAUCUUUGAAACAAGACUAGCUUUGUUAUAUCGGCAGAUCUUUGUAUAUAUUUUCUGUUUUUACGAAAAUAAUUUAUGUUUUUUUUUUGUUGAAUACAAAUCUGUACAUACUGCCUAGCUUUGUACAUAGAAAUGGAUGUUUUAUUAAAAUUUAUUUGAUAUUUAAUCUAAAAUUCUUAUGUUUUCGUUAAGCUGGAGUUACACCAAAGUGUUAUGAUUACUUUGCGUUUAAAAUAAUAUGGUUUAAUGUACAUUUCCAUUUUGCAAAGUAUAUCAACGUAAACACGGCUAAAGCUGUAUGUUAGUUAUAUAUUAUUAUAUUUAUCUCUAUAAAUAUACAUUUAAGUUUUUGUUUUUCGUCUUUUGUGUGUUUCUAUGUAUUAGCUGUCAGUGUAACGCAAAUUAGUUUUAGUUUGAUCUAAAAGAUUUUUCAAACAAUUUAAUUUAAUAUUUUAUUUGUAAAGAAAAUAACACGCAGUUGUUGAUACUGUCCUCUAAAGUACUAAAAAGCCUAAUUAUCUAAAAAUUUCUUGUCUAAUUCGGAUCUCUUGUGAAACGCUUUUUAUUAAAAUAAUUUUAUCUCAACUGUAAUAUUACAUUCCAGUAAAAAACAUUAUUUUAGGUCUGGAAGCCAUUUUGUAAUUUAUUUCAAUACAAUUAAGCUAUGGGUUCAAGAAUAAAACUUAGUUUUUUUUUAACACCAAAUUAUUUCUGGUAUUUUCAAAAUUCAUGUAUAAUUUUCAUUUGUGAUUUCUUUUGUACAAAAUUUUUUUUUUCGCACAGGUAACCCUAGCUAAUUGUACCUUUUUGGUAAUCCUUAGAUUAUGGCUAGGCUAUCGCUAUAACCUUAGUACCUAAUAUAAGACUAAUUAAAAUUAAAAGUAAUAUCUGUUUAAGCUUAGAUCUAAGUUAAUUAUUGUAACAUUAAGAAACACAUGGACACACUAGUUUAUAAGAAAAUAAAUAGAAAAAUGGCCACACUAGAUUUUUAAGGAAAUGGCCCAUCUUAGAUGAUAAGAGAAAAUAUACUAUUUUGUCAGUCUGAA